UGUCCAUUCCGCCGUCAUGUGAGCGGAGUUCGCGGUGGUCUCCCUCGCCCUCCUCGACCUGGACCCUCCUCCGUCGAGCUCAGCCGUCAGUGCCCGAACUCCUCGCUCUGGUAGUCCAGUGGGGUAUCCCCCGCUGUCUCCCGGUUUAUCCUGCACCCUCCGGCGUGCGGCGAAGCAGAGGAUGAGCGAGCAAGGGAAGGGCUCGGCAUCCGCCUCUGCCGCGGCCCCGGCUCCUGGGUCGGAUACUUAUAAAGGCUGGCUUUUUAAAUGGACCAACUAUUUGAAAGGAUACCAGCGGAGAUGGUUUGUCCUCAGCAAUGGCCUUCUUUCAUAUUACAGGACGCAGGCAGAAAUGGCCCAUACGUGUCGUGGGACAAUCAACUUAGCCACUGCACACAUCGACACAGAGGAUGCCUGCAACAUCGUCCUAAGCAGCGGCGGCCGUACCUAUCACCUGAAGGCAAGCACGGAAGUGGAGCGGCAGAGAUGGGUCACUGCGCUAGAGCUGGCCAAAGCUAAAGCCAUCCGCAUGAUGAACGAUCAGUCUGAUGACUCCGGGGACGAGGAGCCUACAUCUCAGUCAGACCGCAGCGAGCUUCAGGGCACCCUCAAGAUACUCGUCAGCAAGCUUGAUGACCUCAGCACAUGUAAUGACCUAAUCGCCAAGCAUGGGGCCGCCCUGCAGCGCUCUCUGAGCGAGCUUGAGGGUCUGAAAGUCCCUGUGGAGGGAGGGGAGAAGAUCAAGGCAGUGAAUGAGAGAGCCACCCUCUUCCGCAUCACUUCCAAUGCUAUGAUCAAUGCCUGUCGAGACUUCUUGGACCUAGCAGAGACUCACAGUAGGAGAUGGCAGCGGGCGCUGCAGUAUGAGCGAGAGCAGCGCACCCACCUAGAGGAGACCAUUGAGCAGCUAGCCAAGCAGCAUAACAGCCUGGAGCGAGCGUGGAGAGAAGCGCCCACGCUUGCUUCCACCACACCCAGUGCCCCCACCACCAACAAGGAAGGGAGUGAGAGGCUGCCAAAAGAAGAAGCGAGUGACGAUGAGGAUACUGAGUAUUUUGAUGCCAUGGAGGAUUCCCCUGCAUUCAUCACAGUGACGGCCACGGAGAGCACACAGCACAGGAGAUCUCAGAGUAAUUUGAGCGGAGCAAGUGGAGGUCAGCCCAGUGACUGGAACCAGGACAACCACAUGUCUCCCAGCUAUAACGAUGUGUCUGGGAAGGAGCUUCAGCCUCGCAGACAGAGGCGGACUCGCGUCCCAGACAAACCCAACUACUCCCUUAAUUUGUGGAGCAUCAUGAAGAAUUGCAUCGGCAAGGAGCUCUCCAAAAUACCCAUGCCUGUGAACUUCAACGAGCCAUUGUCGAUGCUGCAGCGUCUCACUGAAGAUCUCGAGUAUCAUGAGCUUCUGGACAAAGCAGCUCGCUGCGACUCCUCCUUGGAGCAGAUGUGCCUGGUUGCUGCCUUCUCUGUCUCUUCCUACUCCACCACGGUCCACCGGACAGCCAAGCCCUUCAACCCCCUCCUGGGUGAGACCUAUGAGCUCGAUCGCCUGGAGGAGUUUGGCUACCGCUCGCUGUGUGAGCAGGUGAGCCAUCACCCCCCUGCAGCUGCACAUCAUGUGAUUUCCCAACGAGGCUGGACCCUGUGGCAGGAAAUCACCAUCGCCAGCAAGUUCCGUGGCAAAUACCUCUCCAUAAUGCCUCUGGGUGCCAUUCACCUGCAGUUCCACGCCAGCGGGAACCACUAUGUGUGGAGAAAGGUCACCUCCACGGUGCACAACAUUAUCGUCGGCAAGCUGUGGAUUGAUCAGUCUGGGGACAUUGAGAUUGUGAACCACAAGACCAAGGAGACCUGCCAACUCAAGUUCUCUCCCUACAGUUAUUUCUCCAGGGACGUUCCACGCAAGGUGACAGGUGUGGUAGCUGACAGCGGGGGCCAUGCUCACUACAUCCUCUCCGGUACGUGGGAUGAUAAAAUCGAAAGUGCCAAGAUCGUCCAGAGCAGCAGAGGGGGUAGCGGAUCAGAGGGCAAGCAGAAGACCGUCUAUCAGACGCUGUCCCCCAAACUGCUAUGGAAGAAAUACCCUCUACCUGAGAAUGCUGAGAACAUGUACUACUUCUCAGCACUGGCCCUGACCCUGAACGAGCAGGAGGAGGGAGUGGGACUGACCGACAGCCGGCUGAGACCGGACCAGAGGUUGAUGGAGGAUGGCCGAUGGGAUGAAGCAAACUCAGAGAAACAGAGGCUAGAGGAGAAACAAAGAGCUGUGAGGAGGAGGAGGGAAGCAGAGGCCUCGGAGGCUCUGGAUGAAGGUAGAGAAUACGAAGGCUACCAGCCGCUGUGGUUUCACCAGAGGAGAGACUCCAUCACUGGAGAGACAAACUUUGUGUACAAGGGAGGCUACUGGGAGUGUAAGGAGAGACAGGACUGGAGCAUGUGUCCUGACAUCUUCUAACCCAGGAACUCGCCGCGAUUCACUCCUAACCUCAUCGGGCAGGGAACUCCUCUGCUUCUGCUCCUGAAGCAAUAGGGCAUAGCAGGCUAGUGAGCACCUUGUGGACCUUCUGUGAGCACGAGAAUGUGUAUGUUUGACACGCUCUCGAAUUACACUGUACCUCCAAAUGUGCACUCUCUCAUUCUGUUUUUACUCUGGGGAUAAAGACGGGGUAUUCCCCGCGUUGUCCUCUUUGACACUUUAUUGAAACAGCUGAGAGAUAAUGUGUGGAUGUGAUGUGGUGCUUGAGUUGUAGCACCACACAAUAAAGGCACCUACACACCCCUGAAAUCAGGUGCUUUCUAAAUCCUACCCACAAUGCACUUUUCUGUGUUCAACCCAUUUUAGGAGACUUAGAGAUUGGACAGACAACCCAUUUCAAUACAGCUCAAGGUUAUCCACUGAUAGUUAACAGGGACAAAAUCAAACAAGGACAAAACAUUUAAAAAGUGUCCUCAUCUUUGGUUUUAUUCACCAGUACUGAGUUCAUGAUUGCCACACUUUAUAAAUCUCAGAUUAGAUCGUUAUUGCCUUAUUGAGUUAUUUCAAUUUCGUUAAUUCCCUCUUCUUAAUUUUUUUAAGCAAGAGAUGUUAAAUAAAUGCCUCUUUAUCAAAAAGUUGAGUUGAUCCAAAGUGUUUAAGUCAAAUUCAUAAUUGAGACACUGUUGAAAAAUGAAAGGGCUGCCAGAUUUAAAGAUUACAUCAUGAUGUGAUCAAGGGACAAUUGUAAUGUUUUCAGGUUUUUAAAUCAAAAUAAUCAAGUUCUAUAUUUUUCAUUUAGGUACGCUGUAGUUAAGCUACCAUAUGUGGAAAGCACCGUAGGGUCUACCUGCUCUCACACUGAUGAAAAUUAAGGACACCACUGCUCCUGUGAAUGUUUCGUUUGACUUUAGAUAAAACUCACAGACAGCUAAGUGGACAAGUCAGAAGUAAUCUGCACCUUGUAAUAGCAAAUAUUUCACAACCUCUUUUUUGCCUGUCUAAGCUAAAAUUGUAUCGUACUAAAGGUUCUUCUUUUUGUUUUAAGUGAACACAAGUUUGUGUCCAGCAGGAAGUAAAGCGCCCUUUUCUUAAGACAAUAAAACUACAAAGUACCAAACUGGGUAACUUAAACACAGGGUGUCUGCAGGGUCUUUAAAGCAUUAAAAGUUGAUAAAUCAAUUUAGCCAAAAUUAAAGCUCUUAAAAAGUAUUAAAAAGUCUCAAAUGAAAGACUAUGGGGUCUUAGAUGUUGUUGCUUUUUAAAUGUGUAUUUUCAUCAAAGAAGGCUAUUAAAUGUUUUUCUUCUUUUGAGUUAAAAGUCAUUUUAAUCACAUGUGAUGUUCUUUUGAAACUCUGUCAGAAUAGUAAAAUGAGCAUAACUCAACUAUAGUGAGCUGUAUUUUAUCAGCUGCAGCAGUACAGUGUUCAUGGAAACAUCAGUGCAUCAAAAUCUAAUUAAAGAAUGUUAAAGAAUAAGUGUCCUGAAAUGGGCAAUAAUGCCAUGUUGUAUUUUUUUCUCAGACCUAAAUUUAUGCUGUUCUACUUUUUUGGUUUCAACUGAAGUGCCGAACUAGUAAAAAUUUACUUUAAUUCUACACUAGGUCAUUUGACUAAAAAUAAUCAGACCUUCUGUUGUCUUAUGGUAUCAGACCAAGGUCUUUUCCCCCUUUUUCCAUCCUCAAAAUGCUUCAAGAAAGCUUAAUUUACCUACAAAGAUAAGAAAUAUUACUGGCCUUUUAUUUUCUAUGUUGUCUCAUUUUUAUCCUAUCAUCAACACAAAACAGAUAUGAAUACCAUGUCACUUAUGUAACAGGUUCAAAAAUAUAGAUCCAAUAGAUUUUGAAAAUGUAUCAAGAGGGUCUUAAAAAGGGUAUUAAAAAGUAUUAAAUCUAAUGUCAGAUUUUCUUCAUAUGCCCUAAACAGAGAGAGAACCAAACAUGAACACCUGAAAUUGUAAAUGCUGUUCCAUCAGCCAGGGAUCACUGGACAUCAUUGAGUCAUUUUGUACAUGCACUCCUAUAUAUUUCUUAAUGUAUAACAGUGUUAUUUGCCAGAAUAAUCACUCUGAACAAAAUUGACCUAUUUUUUUUUAAAUCCAAACAAACAAGCUGUUAACAUAAAUAUUCUUACCCAAAGACAAUUGUAUGGAUUGUUUAUAAGUAAUACAUCAUGAUUUAAGUUAUUAUGUGCAAAUCUAAUUUUAACAACCUCAGAGCAGAUGGAGCCUCAUGCCCCCCCCCCCCGAAAACUCUGGUGUCCCCCUAAGGGGGCCGUGGACCCCAGGUUGGGAACCAAGGCUCUAAGUCAUGGUUUUAGACCACACUAGUGCAGAAAUCAGCACUCAUUUUAAUAAUCAAUUUUUAAGUCCAAAUCAUAAAAUACUUCUCUUAGACCCCACAUGCAAAUCAGAUUAAUUUUAAUCAUAGUAGUGAUUUGAUUUAUCAUGAUGAACUUUUUAAAUUCAGCUAUCAAUGCUGAUUUAUGGUUUGACAGCCCUGGUAUUUAUCAAUAUCAGUAUGGUCUCAACGUUGUACCGUUUUCCAUUAAACACUUUGGAUCUUCACGACAAGCAACUUUUAUCGUACGGCUCUUUUUAUACAGUGGAGGCUGGUUUAUCUGAACGUACGACACUGUAUGUGCAGAAAAAUAUUCAAUCAGGUGUUAGUGUUGCUGUUGCCCUGUAGGAACAUAAAAUUAGAAGUCAACUAUAUUCUAGUCAACGUAGAAAAUAUAAUAUUUAGUUCAGAAUUUUAAUAUUGUCUCUGUGUUUCGAUGCAUUUUCAUCUAAAACAGCUUGAGACAUUUUCCAUCGGUGAUUCUUAUUAGUAAAACUCUGCCGUGUCAGAGCACGUUUAGUUGUUACACAUUAGUGCGACGCAGCGGUGCAACCUUAAACACCUGUAUCACUUUAAGAUAAUCUUUACAUUAGUACAUAUCUCUGUUUGAUGUGUAGGGAUUCUUUACCUUGUCCUCUUCUGGUGCUCUUCCAUAGUAACACAUCCUGUAUCCACAGUUUACUGCAGUGACUCUAUAUACAGUUGGGGCUGGGCAAUAUCAACCAAAAGUCAUAUCUUAUUAACUUAUGACUUCUACACAACAUACCUUCAUUUUUUUCUGUACACAUAUUUUGGCACAAUACCAGUUUAUCAAAAUGGAUAUGAUUCUAGUAAAAAUAUUGCCCACGAUGUUGGGAAAUUUUUCAUUUUCAAAUACUGAAAAUUGCAGGAAAAACUCUUACAAACUAUAAAUUGUACCAAAACACUGGAAACAUGUCUGCACAUGGAGGUUGUGAAAUUUUUCUGUGCACUUAAAUAUUAUAUGUUUCAAAAUGAUUAUCUCCAUUAAAUUGAUUAUCGAUGGAAUCAAAAAGUAUAGAAAUUGAAUUAUCAUCAGUCUUAUUUAAACCUAAGACACAGUUUACUGUCUAAAUUGCAGACAUUUUUGGCAACAUUUAGAAAAGUGGAUCCCUCACUCCUUGCUAGUUCCACCCACUUGUCCAAUGUUGCCAACGGAUUGUGCAAUUUGGGGUGUGCUCACACUGGGCAAUCAGGCCUGUGUCCAGGCUCAUUUGACCCUCAAAGUCCAGUUUGUUUGACCAGUAUGCUUGCUCCGUGCCAUGUAAGAUGAUGGUAUUCCUCUGAAGAGGUGUAAUUUGGCACAGUAAGAUUGUUCAUGCAUGAACGUAGACAUGGGAAUGCAACAUGGACGUGACAUAUAGAUGUAAUCCGUCAUCAGGCAUAAUAGAGAAAUCAGGGAGUGUUUGAGAGCCGUGCGUGACCAGAGCAACUCAAAAUAAGCCACAGUGUGAGUAAAGUUGCUGUUGGGCUGGAAGCAAUGUGAUUGCAGCCUUCAACAGUGUGUAAGAGUUUGCCUGCAAUUUUUGAUGGUUAAAACAAUAAAUUACCCAAUUAAGGGUGACCAGGAUUUCUAUGUUGUUUCUGUGGUAUCACAUAUUGAUGUAAUUUAUUUUUACUAAUAAUGCAAAUGCCCAUGAUAAUAAAUCAGAUUAUACUUUUCCAUUUAGACGGAACAUUUCAAACAGAUUAUCUUUCGUGAGCACAUUACUGUGAGUGGUUCUCACUGUAAAAAAUAUUUUUUGGGGUAUUAGACUCAUUCAAUUGUUUUUCAUAACAGCAUAAACCACAUCAGUAUUAAUGACAGUCUGACCCCAUGUUUGAAAAUUUAUCGAUAUGUCUUACUGGAUGUAUUUCCCAGCCCUAGUAUUCAUACAAAGUACCAAAUCAGUGACACAUUCAGUGUUUACCACCAGUUCAUCCUCUAGCCUGCACCUCCACAGAUCCAUCACUCAUAGUUUGUAGCUCAGAGUUUUCCAGCAGGACUUCACAUGAGGCUGGAGCCGUUUUGUAUGGAGGUUUAUUGAAGCAGACAGGGCUGGUUCCUGUCGCUCACUGCUGUGCAAACUAAUGCAGACACAGAUUACUCCCCCUGCUGGAGCUCUCCACUCAGCCCACAUGUGAUUUCCUUUCAUCCAGUCUUCGUAAACCAGCUGAUCUGGGAUCAGCUUCUGAAGGUACCCUCGGUCUUUUGCCUUUAACUGACUGAACAAGGGAACGAGUCCCCUGACCUGUGCACUACACGUCUCUGGUGACAGCGUUUUGAAAAACAGUUAUUUUUUGUAAUUAUUGUUAGGAAUGUAGAAAUCAGGGCUGGAGGUAUCGUCUCUACCGCCUCGUCUAUUUGUGUGAAUAUUUUGUGAUAAUGAAUGAUAUUGUAAAUUGAAGAGUAAUUAUACUAAUCUGAGUAUUAAUAAGUUAUCUGUACAGCAUAGUUCAAAUCAGAAAAAAAACAUCUGAAUGAGCUUGAAGGAUUUGCUUUAAAUCAGUAUCGAUUCUGCUUAGAUGGAUGUUAAAUCUGAGUCUCCCUCAAUUUGGCUGCAGGUUUCUUAUUUUAUAUCAAAAUAGUGUUAACACAAAGAAAAUAUUUUUAUAGAUUCCUUGAUGCUAGCACAUCAGUUAAUGUGGUUCAGUGAUGAUUUCAUGGAUCAAUACAUCUGACAGUUCCUUCUUUCCCCUCCUAAAGUUGAAUCAAAUACACCAAAAAAUAAACAUCAGACAUUCACACAGAGUGAGGGAGUCUUAAAAAAAAAAAAAUAACAGAGUUAGUGAAAUGUUUGCUAUUUAAUGACUGAUUAUGAAAUAACACCUUUUUGACAAAGUUCUGCCUUUUUAUUUUAACAAAGAUGUUCUUCUACUCAUUGACAUAAAAGGUUUUAUUGCAUUUUUUAGUUGUUGGAGUCAUAAGCAGUUGGACACAGUUUAGAGGAUUACCUUUUUGCAAAGAGCUACCUAAAAAAUAAGACCCUUCAUAUCAAAGAUAUGUUUCGGAAGCUGUUAGCUUAGCUUUGCAAAAAAUGGAAACAGAGUGAGACAGCUAGCCUGUUUGUCAGAGGAUAUCAACAUCCACCUACUGGCAUUUCUUGAAGCAAUUUUAUCUCUCUUUUCUAGUUUAAAAUAGCCAUUUCAGAGUUGAUCAGGCAAUGCGAUAAAUUUCAACAGCACCAUGCAACUUUGGCAGCAGGCUGUGGCUCUCUGCGAGAAAUGCAUACAGCUUUACUGCUCUAGUUCAGUUCAAAACAAAACUACCGACCUACAGUAAAUGUAGCCAUUUAGCCACAAAUUAUAAACAUCAUGACAACAGUUAAAUACACAUUCAUAUACUCCACAUGCAAACGACAGGCUGUAGAUGUUAGCGGUCAUAUUUGCUCGGAAUUCAGUAAUAUUUCUGCACCUUCCCAGUCAACAUGGUUUUAUGGUUUCGCAGACAUCUUUCUAGCUUGAACACCCUCUUUCAGCAAAUGCAUGCUGUCUAUAAAAUGCACCAUGUGUGUUUUACAACAGUGCAGUUGCACCCAUCAAAAAACUUCUUAUUGAUGCAUAAGUACAAAAGGAAGCCUGGUCCACACACUUUGGAAACCACAGACCAUUCUAUUAUGUUAAAUUGACAACUGAACUGUGUUUUCAAUUCAUAAAAAGGGCUGUUUUUGCUGAAUUAAUACUAUUUCAGUUGGGGCAGCUUUGUCAAGAAAUGUGUGGUUUUUGGCAAUGAAUAGGAUUUAGUCUCCUGUUGGCUUUCGACACACUUUUUCUUCUUAAAAAGUAUUGAUUCAGGCACCGUUUAGACACCAGCGCUGAAUAAAAAGUAUGGAUUUAGCACCAGUAUCAGGAAAAAAAACAACCUAAUAUUCAACCCUUUUAAUUUGCACCUUUGGUUGUUAUAUAUGUUAGGUGGUGUGGCUGUUCUGGGAUCCCCCUGCCAUUCCACGAGCCUGCAUGGAAAGCAUCAAGCAGGAACAGCACAUGUUCCUGCUCUUCCUAUGCCAAUAAGGAAAGCCUAAUGCAGGGAGAAAA